CACACAGCCACACAACAAACCCCACCGACAUACACUACACAUACAAGCCACCCAACACUCAGUACAGUGAAGUGAAGCGCUGGAGAUGCUGAAAGUGACGAUGCCCGCCUCUAGAGCCGCUCCUGAAUACUGGAUCGACGGAUCCAAGAAAGAGACCCUGGCGGACUUCUAUGAGCUGGAGUCUGAAUUGGGACGGGGAGCCACAUCAGUGGUGUUCCGAUGCCGUCAGAAAGGCACCCAGAAGCACUAUGCUGUGAAAAUGCUGAAAAAAACAGUUGACAAGAAGAUUGUACGAACGGAGAUAGGUGUAUUACUGCGCCUCUCUCAUCCAAAUAUAAUCAAACUGAAGGAAAUCUUUGAGACCCCUGCGGAGAUUAGUCUCGUGUUAGAACUUGUUACCGGCGGAGAAUUAUUUGACAGGGUGGUGGAGAAGGGCUACUACAGCGAACGAGACGCCGCUGAUGCAGUUAAGCAAGUGCUGGAGGCAGUGGCGUACCUGCAUGAGAAUGGUAUAGUGCACAGAGACCUGAAACCUGAGAACCUGCUGUACGCCACCUCAGCGCCAGAUGCUCCGCUCAAAAUAGCAGAUUUUGGUCUGUCAAAAAUUGUAGACGAUCAGGUAACAAUGAAGACUGUGUGUGGGACUCCAGGCUAUUGUGCUCCUGAGAUUUUGCGGGGAUGUGCCUAUGGCCCUGAGGUUGACAUGUGGUCUGUGGGAGUUAUCACGUACAUUUUGUUAUGUGGUUUUGAGCCCUUUUUUGAUGACAGAGGAGACCAGUACAUGUUUAAACGCAUCCUGAACUGUGAAUAUGAAUUUGUCUCCCCCUGGUGGGACAAUGUGUCUCUCAAUGCCAAGGACCUUGUGAAGAAACUGAUUGUCCAGGAUCCAAAGAAACGGCUGACGACACAGCAGGCACUGCAGCACCCCUGGGUGACUGGAAAGGCUGUUAACUUCACCCAUAUGGACACGGCUCAGAAGAAACUCCUGGAGUUCAAUGCUCGAAGAAAACUCAAGGCAGCGGUCAAAGCGGUGGUAGCUUCAUCUCGAUUGGGCAGCGCAGGAAGCCACGGCAACCCGGACAGCAACAAAACCGACAGCAGCCCUUCCUCUAUCAAAGAGAAGACAGCAGAGGAUCAGCCAGGCACUGAACAGCCUCAAAUUCAGAAUGAAGGCUCUUAGAUCUCCACAGAGCCUCACUGGAACUCAAACUUCUUCCCUUCAAGAAAGGAACCUUGCUUUUCGCAAU